UCUGUGGGCAGAAAAAGGUUGGAAACAUCGUGACUCGGCAAAAUGGAAGGAAAGGGUAUAAAAGACCAGGCGAGAACGAUGAGUAAGGACGUUUGGAGUAGAUUUUCAUCAUGGCGGAGGAAGCCGAUCUUCUUUCCAUCGGGAAACAUUGUAGUUUAGCGUCGUGUAAACGGCUUGAUUUCUUACCAUUUCAGUGUUCUCACUGCAAAGAAAUUUUCUGUUUAGAACAUCGAAGCCCGGAAGAACACAAGUGUUCGACUGUUGGUUUAUCAGAUGUUCAUGUUCCCGUUUGCCCAAUCUGUAAUCAAAUUAUAAAGAAGUCCCAUCAUGAGGAUGUUAAUAGACAGGUUGAAAGACACAUCCUCAGUGGCUGUAAGAGCCUUGUGGUGGGAAAACCAAAGAAAAGUAAUAAAUGUUCUCGAAAGACUUGUCAUCAACAUGGACUGAUGCCAUUUGUGUGUCAGGAAUGUAAUAAGAAUCACUGCAUAAGGCAUAGACACGCCGAAGAUCAUUUCUGCACAGCUCUGAGGGUUCCAAUGGUUUCCUGUCCAUAAGGUCAAUAUGUAAAAAAUAUAAAAUUAUUAAAUAUGAGUAGAAAGUUGUUUGACAAGAAUUUAGUUGUUACAUCUGUUACUAUGUUAGAGGGGCUCCUUCGUAGGAAUAAGUAAAUCAACUUCAUUGAACAAGAGUAUCGCCUAGAAGUAAUUGUACUCAGAAACCAGUGAAUGUCAUCUCUUUUGUUUUUGUUUUCGUUUUUUUAUUCUAAGCUAAUUCUUUGUUUUCAUUUGUUUGUUAUGAAACUCAGAAAACUAUGAAUACUUUGGGGGCAUUUGUGUACUGACCAGUUGUAAUGAAUUUCAGCACUAUGAGCAAACUUCAAAACCACAAACCAAAUGCUGUUGUUGUUUGCAGCUACCAAAUCAGCUACCGCAUACCACUGAAAGUCUUUUCUUUAUAAAUACAUUGUUAUAACCUAUUUCUAUACUUGGUUAUAUUAUUAUUAUUGUUGUUGUUGUUGUUGUUGUUGUUCUGAUAAAUGAAAGCAUGACAAUAUAAGCAGUUUAUAUUCUCUUGGUGGAAGUUGUCGUUUUUAUUUUUUAAUUUGUUAAAUAAUCAUUUGUUCAGUGAAAUGUUGAUAUGUAUCGUGGGAAGAGCCUUGCCAUAAAUAUCCUAUACUUUCUUUAUGUAAGUAAUCAAUUAGUUGUUAUUUCCCUAAUAUAUUUUGAGAGAUGUACAUAAUGUGGGUGUAAAUAAAGUGAAAUUUAAGCAAA